GAAAUUAACCAACUUCCUGUUUUGUAGACGAUCAACGACCUUACGAACUUAUCUAAAAAUAUUAAUGACUCUGGUGUUUUUAAAAUUGUUUGCAUAUAUAAACGCGAAUAAUGUAAUCUCAUAUAUUUAAGAAAGUGAUCAGCACUAUUUAUAUCAGUAUGCACUGUUUGUAAAUCGUGAACAAGUCGCACGUGGUCGGAAUCAUCAAUGUUGCAUUAGAUAAACUUAGAGGUUAUCGAUCCAGCACCAUGCCUGGUACAGUUUCACAGGAGCCAUGGCCAACAGAUGUAGGAAUCAUUGCCAUGGAAGUCUAUUUUCCAUCACAAUAUGUAGACCAGGCUGAACUUGAAGUUUUUGAUAAUGUAUCGACAGGAAAAUACACCAUUGGUUUAGGACAGUCAAAAAUGGGAUUUUGUUCAGAUAGAGAAGAUAUUAAUUCACUUUGUUUAACUGUUGUUCAAAAACUUGUAGAGAAAAAUCAGCUCUCAUAUAAUGACAUAGGACGAUUGGAAGUAGGAACAGAAACUAUUAUUGAUAAAUCAAAGAGCACAAAGACUGUAUUAAUGCAGCUGUUUGAAAGCAGUGGUAAUCACAGUGUGGAAGGGUUAGACACAACAAAUGCCUGUUUUGGAGGAACUUCUGCACUAUUUAAUGCAAUAAAUUGGAUUGAAUCCAGUUCCUGGGAUGGGAGGUAUGCUUUGGUUGUAGCUGGUGAUAUUGCAGUGUAUGCCACUGGCAAUGCCCGCUGUACAGGUGGUGCUGGGGCAGUAGCCAUGCUGAUUGGGAAGGAUGCCCCACUUGUCUUUGAUAGAGGAGUGAGAAGCAUUUAUAUGCAGCAUGCGUAUGAUUUUUACAAACCCAACAUGGACUCCGAGUAUCCAGUGGUGGAUGGCAAGUUAUCUGUGAAGUGCUACCUGCAUGCCCUGGACAAGUGUUACCAGGCUUAUACUGAAAAAGCAAUACAGACCGGAAUUAUUGGGGAAAAUGCUAGUCUAAUAGAUUCUGCUGAUGCCUUUGUCUUUCAUUCACCAUAUUGUAAACUGGUGCAGAAAUCGUUUGCAAGAGUUUUCCUCAAUGAUUUCCUUAAAGAGCCUUCUCCAGAUUUCUCUGGAAGAUAUGCUGGGUUGGAGUCUUUCAGGAACCUGAAGUUAGAGGACAGUUACUUUGACCGUGAUGCUGAGAAAGCCUUCAUGGCAGCCAGUAACUCAAUAUUUACAAAUAAAACCAAACCUUCCUUACUCCUAGCUAAUCAAGUGGGGAACAUGUACACACCCUCCUUGUAUGGGGGACUAGUUUCCUACCUAUUAAGUGUUUCACCAGCAGAACUAGUUGGACAUAGAGUUGUGUUAUUUUCUUAUGGCUCAGGAUUGGCAUCCGCCAUGUUCUCUCUGAGAAUAACCAAAGACUUGGGACCAAAAUUUCAUAAACUCUUAGAAAAUCUCUCUUAUGUUAAAAAAGAUUUACAUGACAGAGUAAAAGUGUCUCCAGAAGAAUUUGAUAAAACCAUGAAACUUAGAGAAGAAACCCAUAAUAAAGCUCCCUACGCUCCCAUUGGAUCCACCAAAGAGUUGUUUCCUGGGACCUGGUACCUUACAGAGGUUGACAGCAUGUAUAGGAGAACGUAUGAUAGAGUGCCUUUAGUUCAGAUUCCCAAUGGAAAUGUCAAACACUCAGCUGAUGUAAAGUGAUAUUUGAGACUCACUCUAAGUAGAUUUAUCUAUUACAUUAAGAAUGCAUGAAUUUACUAGUAAAGCAUUUUUUUUUAUUCCUAUAUUGCUUAUUUUUUAUUUACAAGAAUUUUGUAUACAUGUAUUUAUAUUAUGUCUUGAAAAUGAAGGAAUUACUUUGAAUCAUCAAAU